AUGAAAUGUUUGACGAACAUUUGCCGCUUUGAUGGAUGCGAUCGCGCCUUCACUCAACUCGGAAACCUCAAGACCCACGAGCGCAAGCACACGGGCGAACGUCCGUACAAGUGUCCACACCCCGACUGCGACAAGACAUUUACCCAGCUCGGCAACCUAAAGACCCACGAACGUAUCCAUGACGAGGUCAAGCCAUUCAUGUGCAGGCUUCCUGGGUGCGGAAAGACCUUCAGCCAACUUGGCAACCUGAAGACGCACACGGCAAAGAUGCACCCGGAUGUGACAAUCAGCGAUGAUGAGCUGUCAGUCAGGACAACGCCAGCAACGGCAGGAGGCGAGUACCAUCAUCACCUUCAGCAGCAGCAGCAUGGCCAUGGAGAUAUGUCGCUGUCAGUCAACGGCGGCGGCGGUGGUGGCGGCGGUGCUCGUUUGAUCCCUAGUAAGGAACCAGGGGUUGUGCAAGUGAUUGCGCAUUUUAACCCUUACCAGCGCCGUCCAAUCCAGCCCCAACAAUCGGAGGAGGAAAGGCUGCUGAGGAAGAUUCGCGCGAUGAUCCACCACCAACAGCGAGUUCUGGAGCUGGAGGACGGAAGCGAAGUCUCGGACGAGAUGGACGAGUGA